CACGGAAAGAGCCGAAGAUGUCAGCUCGGUUAUGUGAUCAGCUGUGUCCAAUCACAGCUGAUCACAUUGCCACCUGUCAGUGUCCAUCAGUGCCUUGUGUCAGUGCUCCUCAGUGCCAGUGCCCAUCAGUGCCACUUCAAUGCCACAUAUCAGUGCCUACCAGUGCACAUCAAUGCCACAUAUCAGUGCCCAUCUGAGCUGCCUUUCAGUGUCACCCAUCAGUGCCAGUCAGUGCCACCUAUCAAUGCCAAUCAGUGCCACCUAUCAGUGCCAGUCAGUGCUGCCUAUCAGUGCCAUGUCAGUGCCACCUAUCAGUGCCAGUCAGUGCCGCCUAUCAGUUCCAGUCAGUGCCGCCUAUCAGUGCGCAUCAGUUCGGCCUAUCAGUGCCAUGUCAGUGCCACCUAUCAGUGCCAGUCAGUGCCGCCUAUCAGUGCCAGUCAGUGCCGCCUAUCAGUGCCAGUCAGUGCCGCCUAUCAGUGCCAGUCAGUGCUGCCUAUCAGUGCUGCCUAUCGGUGCCAUGUAUCAGUGCUGCUUUUCAGUGCCCAUCAGUGAUGCCUGUCAAUGCCCACCAGUG